UCAACCGUCGGGCGCCGAGAACUCUGGGAGAAAGCGGCGUGAAGACGUACACCCAAACAAACAAAGUGAGCCGAGGCGCGUCUUGAAGUGGAAAAAGCAGCAGAUGAAGAUGGAUUUGAGCUCGAAGAAGUACGCGGAGCUGCGAAGCAUCGCGAAGGAGCUGGGACUGAAGGCAAACAUGAAGGCCGAUAAGCUCCUGAGAGCCAUUCAGCAGCACUAUGAAAAGGAAAAGAAAAACGACGAGGAAGCGCAGGUCCGAGUAGAUGAAAAUGCAGCUUCAGACAGCGGCCAGGAGACUGCAGAUGAUGCUUCCAGCAAGGCCGUGUUUGUGAACACACGUCGGGGGAGAGGAAAAUGCAGCAAGAGAAAGAUCACUGAUGCUGCUGCUGAGGCUUCUGACCCAACUGGAUGUUGCAGCAGUGCAGGGGGGGAGAAGAAGAAAAGGAAGGUGACCCUGGACAAAGACCCUGAGAUGAAGGAACCGGAGCCCCAGCUGCAGCUGGACUCCGAGGAUAAAGCUCCUGUGCUCGCUGAAACAGAGGUGAAUGUGUUCCCGUCGUCUGGUUCUCCUACAGAAAAGGCACCGAAGCAGGUAAAAGGCGGCAGGAUCCCUCGUUACCAAGGUCUCCGGCAUAAGAGCAAGAUUUUGUUGAAGCCCACAACUCCUAACUUUAAAAAGCUCCAUGAGGCCCAGUUCAACAAGAUGGAGUCCAUUGACAGCUACGUCCACAGGAAGACAAAGCAGAUGGAGACGUACAAAAAUCCAGUCAAAGACCUGAAGGAUUCGGCUCGUUCCACCAUGUUCAGCCCCGUUCCCGGCAACAAGACGCCGGCUGAGGAAAAGCGUCGCCACACUUUGGUCUCAGCCAGUAAAAUGCCUUCAAAAAAACCUGCACAAAAAGAAGACUGUCAGUUCAGACCCUCUGUCCUUUCUGCCCGCAGGGUCAAUGUCCGAUUCUUGGAGGCUACACUCGAUAAUGAGUUCAAGAGGUCGCUGGUGAAGACGCCAGCACGGAUGUCGCCAUGCGUCGCCUCCAGUACCCCUCAAAAACCGAUUGCAGACGCAGGAAAGCCGGCCGGCGCCAAGUCUUCAGCUUUAUCUGCCCAGAAAACUCCAGGACCCUUCAUUUUCACCGGUAACACCAGUGCUUUAGGAACGCCUGGAACCCAAAAGAAACCUGCCUUCGACCUGAAGGCGAGUCUGUCGCGUCCCCUCACCUACAAGCCCCACAAAGGUAAACUGAAACCUUUCGGCGACGUCAAGGAAAACGCAGCAGGAAACAAGUCUAUGGUUGCCAAUCCUCGCCAAGAAAGUUACAAACAGCCCAAAAUCCAGUCAAGGGAGGACCGGCGAACCAGACAAAUGGAGAGCCGGAAGCAGAAAAAAGAAAACAUGCUCGGGGCGAGGAGAGGACUUGUGAUGACGUAGACGGAGUAACUCUUCAAAAUGACGGCCGUUGGGAAAGCGCGAUGCUUUUUGGUGUAAAGGUUUUGACGUCGUAGAAAAGCUCAGAUAUUUUCUCCAACCUGCUUUAUUUGUAGCAAUGUUUGCUUUAAAGCUUUGUUUCUAUUUUCUCUGCUGUCAAGUAGAAACUCUUGUUUAUGUACAUUUUUAACAACCGUUUUUAUAUGCUUUAUUUUUGCAUUCUUCUGAAUGGAAAACCUUUAAUAGCCCACACAUUCAUUCAAAAAGAUGCUUGACAUGUAAAGCCUUUUCUUAAUUGUGAUGCUUU